GUGGAAAGAAUGUGAAGAAAAUGAUGAAGAAAAUAACAARUGGUACAAAGAAGGAAGAGGGGAGCACCUGGUUUUCUGAACUGACAGAUAAGGCCAAAGCAACAAAAACCCAUUGCUACUUCACUAUGAAGGCAUUUUCCACGCAAAACAAGACUACUGCAGARUUUYAAUCAGCCCUAUUAAAUGUUGUUGAUCACUAUCAGGGRAAACACUCAAAAUGCCCAACUGAGAGUAGAUGUCAGAUGGCUGAUUAUGUAUGCAGCAAAAAGCCUUUGAAAAACCCAAAGGCAAUUGAGGCAUACARAAAGGYCCUGACAAAAACUCUUAUUUACAGAAAUCCAGAAGCCUAUAUGAGAUGUCGUGACACAUAUUGGAUAGAAUCAUUCCAUUCUAUCCUAUUAAUAUAUGCCCCCAAACGGAUUAAUUUUGGUGAUAACACCUACACAACAAGAAUACAACUUGCAGUUCUUGACUGGAAUGAAAAUGUCAACAGGGAAGUAUCCUCAGUAAUAAACUACCAGUACGCAAGAAACCCAGACAGGAAAGCCCCAACAAGAGUACGACGCCCCAAAACGUUUUGUUUCAGGGAUGCUAUUUGGCAUGUGUUUUUUUCUGCGUGUCUGUAGUUUGCUUGUUUAAAUGUUUGUUUUGUGUAUGUUUGAUUGUUUUUGGUUGUGSUUGUUUAAUGGCUUGGUUGGUUUGAGGAAAUUGCAUACAAACGGCUCCUUUAGGAGCCAACCAAUUUUAAAAAGUGAAUGAUACAAUGCACUAAAAAGACAUUCAAACAGUAUAUUAAUAUAAUUAUACAAAAAUAUGGGUGUGGUUCUGGUACAAUCUGUAGGUAAUAAGUCCUAUAAAGCAUUGCUAAGGUAAGUAUUCUAUAAAAGUGUAUAAUCUUCUUACAUUGAAUCUAACUGUUCAUUUUCUAUUUUCUAUUUUUUUUAGGUUUGUAUAUUGUAACAGAUAGAAUCAUGUGUAUCAUUUUCUUAAUCCACAGUCAAUAGACCAUUAAAACUAUAUCAAUUUUAUUGGUGU